CAUGCGCUGUCCUGGCACUCACUUGCGCAUGAAUGGCAUGACAACAAGCAGCCAUGUCCAAAUGUCGAACUUUAAUCUGGCCGAAAGUGAUUCUAUUCGGGGAUUCCAUCACUCAGUCGUCCUUUCAAAACAACGGAUGGGGUUCAGUCAUCGCCGAUAAAUUAGCAAGGAAGUGUGACGUGGUCAACAGAGGCUUGUCGGGCUACAACUCCAGAUGGGGGAAGAUUGUUCUUCCAAGGAUAGUGAAUAAUGACGACUCGGCAAACAUUGCAGCAGUUACUGUCUUCUUUGGAGCCAACGACUGCGCUCUGCGAGAUAAGAACCCUCAGCAGCACGUUCCUCUGCACGAGUAUUCCGAGAACCUGAAGGCGAUGAGCAGCUACCUGACCACGGCGGGGGUCCCGGCGGGCAAGGUCAUCUUCAUCACUCCUCCCCCUGUCCAUGAGGCAGCCUGGGAGAAAGAGUGCACCCUGAAAGGUUGUCCUCUCAAUCGUCUCAACUCCGUGGCGGGCCAGUACGCUCAGGCGUGCGUCCAGGCGGCUGCUCAGUGUGACGCUGACGUUUUGGACUUGUGGACACUUAUGCAGAAAGACGGACAGGACUUCACAGUCUACCUGUCGGACGGCCUCCACCUGUCUGAGAAAGGCAACCAGUUUGUGAUGAGGCACCUUUGGGAGCUGCUGGAGAGCAGAGUGGCACGUCUGCCCUUCAUCCUGCCCUACUGGGCGGACGUGGACGCCGGGAUCCCAGAGAGCAGCCUGCUGUGCGACCAGUGAAGAUCGACAGACAUCAUGAGGACUCUCAUUAGGAAGACCGUGAACAUCGUCAUAUUUUCUGGAUGCUGUAGGCUGACAAUAUAACCAUUUAUUGGGAUGCAAGUAAUGCAAGCAGUGGACAAGAAUAAAAGCAUUUCACUGAGUAACAGUUUCACAUCCAUUCAGUUCAUGUCAGCCAUAUUGCUCUUUUGGCCUAAACUUAAAUACCAGGCAACACUGGCAGGACAUCAUGACUACAAUUUGACACGAGCACACAAAUAUAACGGUAACACAACUUCAGCACCUCACAGAUUCGCAACAGGACUUCAAUUUUUCUGCCUCAACUCUGGAUGAGGGGGAAUAACAGUCCAGGAAAGGCACAACAGUGUUUUGCAGUUAGGGUGACAAGAGGCAGGCAUAUUCAAAAAGGAGCCAAUCAGGACACAAAUAUACAGUAAUCCCCUGCAUAUUCACCAUUUACUAUUCACAAACAGUUUUCCAUUAUUCUCUAAAAAAAAAAAAAAAAAAAAAAACCUCACCUACUUGACAUUCUCUGAAUAUUUGUGCGUUUUUUCACUAUUCGCAGCAGGCCUGUCCCUGUCCCCCACGAAUAGCAGGGGAUUACAGUAAGACGAUCAUCCAGUGGUUAUGUACAUGAAUAUGCAGCGGACAUGGUUUCAAAGUGCAGCCUGGCGACUUUGGCUAGCAGAUACUGUAAAAUGUGUCUGAGGUACGAUGAAAAGAGGAAAUGACACUUCAUUAGGCAGU